AUGGGAAUUCAACAGGAAGAGAUUUCUGGCCCUCCAAUGCAACUGUUCUCACUUAACCAUGUCUCAUUUGUGUUCCAAUCUGUCAUGGCCUCUAGUAAGUUCUAUGAAGAGCUACUCGGCUUCAACCACAUCAGACGGCCGUCAUCAUUUAAUUUUGACGGUGGAUGGUUGAUCAAUAAUAGAUUUGGAAUACAUUUGAUUCAAUCCGACUCAAAGGACGACCUCCCAAGGGAGCCAAAGAUAAUAAAUCCUAAGGACAAUCGCAUCUCCUUCCAGUGUAGUGACAUAGGAUCGGUCAUAAGCAAACUAGAAGCAAUGGGGAUCAGAUAUGUGAAAGGCAUGUUUGAGGAAGGGGGGAUCAAGGUGGAUCAGAUCUUCUUCCAUGAUUCGGAUGGUUACAUGAUCGAGAUCUGCAAUUGUGACAUGUUCCCUGUUCUUCCUCUUUCCUCUUCUUGCUCAUUCAAGCAACCAACGAUUCAAGGUAAGCCCAUGUUCUCCAAAACCUGCGAAAUGGUUGCCAAAGCUUAUGAAUCAAAUGCAUCUAAGCCAUUUAAAAUCUUGUAA